GUGGUGCUCGGGGGACAAAAUGUCCUCCCCGUGUCUUUGUGUGUGCAGAGGAGAGGGCAGCAGCUUCCUCUGUCUUUGUGCUGCUCUCCUGGAACCCCGAGGCCUCCUCACACGUCCCUGCAGCUCAGAGCAACUGGAAUACUUUACACUGCUGCCUGUGAACAAGGAGGAAAUACAGAGAGUUGUAAAGUAGAAAGUCACUCGAUCCUCCACCAAGGUCUCAAAGUCUCCUUCAGUCAAACUGCACCAAAUUACACACAGAUAGAUGAUAAUAAUAAUAAUACACUUCUUUUAUUCCAUACAAGAAAUACAGCUCAAAGUGCUUUACACACAAUAUAGAUACAGAUAAAAACAUUUAAGUAGCACGAGGACAUUUUAAAAGAAAAUUAAAUUAUAAGAAAGAAUGUUAUAAAUAGUUAAUGGCUGAAGUAAAGAGUUUAACCGAACUAGCUUCUCUGAUAUCUAGCGGCAGUCUGUCCCACAACUUUCAAACCUAGUUUACAAAAGCUGCAAAUUGCCGAUAAGAUAAUAACAAUAAAACUUUAUUUCUUUAGCACAUUUUCAGCCAAAGUUAUAAAAUACAGGAGGAUAAAACAACAGUAAGAGAGACAAAUUAGGGGCAAAAAAUAAAUUCUGUUAAAAAUCAGGCAUUUAAAGGCAAACCCCUAAGUAUAUAUGUUUUAAGAAAUGAGUUUUAAACAGGUAAAGAGCUGUAAGUCUCAGGUAACGACUUUUAGAGCCUCGAGGUCCUGAUGGUUGAAUCCCGGUCACCCCGAGUUCUCAGCCUCGACUUUGGGACUAUAACAAGUUUUGGUUUUGGAACAGGGGAAGUAACUCGUUCUGUAAUGUAACUGGAGAACAAACCGGGCCGAGCAUUUCAAAGUUAUUCAAAUAACUUGUAUUACGAGGUGAGACUUUUGAGGAAGCUCUCGGGUGGAGACUUUAGCUGCAGUGUUUUAUUAUUAGAUUUAUGACAUUGGUGGGUGCGACGUGAUCUGUAGUUCAUGAUGAAUAUUAGUGAGCGGCUGCAGGUGCAUCUGUGGUUUUCACAGGGCUUGAGUUACAACAAAAGCAGCCACAGCCAUGACAAGACAAAGUGGUCGCCUGCAGAAAAGAUCUGAAAAUGCUCCAGGGCAGAAAAGCAUAGUUUCAAAGCAAAGCAACAGGAAAAAGGUUCAGCCCUUGUCGAAGCUGCAGUGUGAGAAGAACCAGCUGAUUCUUAAAGGCGUCACCAAGCCCUGUAUUGUCAUCGAGACUGUGAAGGGAGCCAGGAUCGACUGGGACAAGAACGACCAUCAAGUUCCCACCGCCGGCGACUCCUGGGCUCGGCCGUCCCCUCUGCCUCCUCUGGGAUGGGGCUCUUCUGAGGACGUGUGGGUGAAGAUGGUUGGAAAGGAGCAGAACUACAGACACAGUAAGGGCUUCAUGCAGAAGCACCCCACGAUACAACCCAGAAUGAGAUCCAUCCUCCUCGACUGGUUAAUCGAGGUGAGUGGGGCGUACACGCUUCACCGGCAGACGUUCUACCUGGCACAGGACUACUUCGACCGCUUCAUGUUGACCCAGAACAACAUUGAAAAGAAUAUGCUGCAGCUCAUUGGGAUCACCUGUCUAUUUAUAGCAUCAAAGAUGGAGGAAGCUUGUCCUCCAAAACUCUCCCAGAUGGCUCAUGUGACUGCAGGGACCUACUAUGAGGAAGAGAUUCUUCAAAUGGAGUUAAUCAUUUUGAAGGCGCUGCGUUGGAACCUCUGCCCGGAAACAGCUGUGUCGUGGCUGAAGCUUUAUUUCCAGCUGGCUUCGAUGAACGCCAACUCCGACCUGCUGGAGCCGCAGUUUCCCCACGACCUUUACGUCCAGAUGACGCGGCUUUUAGAUCUCUGUGUCCUCAGUAUAAACUCUCUGGACUUCCAGUACCGAGUGUUGGCUGCUUCAGUCCUGUGUCAUUUCCUUCAGCAGGAAACAGUUGAAAAGGUCUCAGGUCUGUCGAGAGACGUCAUCCAGCCCUGCGUGAACUGGAUGGCUCCCUUCGUCGAGUCAGUGGGUCCGUUCGGCCGAGCGACACCGAAGGAUUUUGCCAGAAUGAAAGAAGAGAGACACAACAUCCAGACACACACAGACUACAUGACGCUGCUGGAUGACGCCAGUAAUAAAGAAGUGAGCGGCGAGUUCCUCACUCCUCCGAGCAGCACAGAGAAAACACACAGUGAGCUGCAGGAGGAGACGCUGAAGUGAACAGAGGGGAAACACAAUUAAAGUCUCGCAUUACAAACACUGAGUCCUGUUCGCUGGAGACGCCUCCGAUCACAGCCAGUGCAGAAAAAAGACUGUUUACAGGAGUCAGAGUCCUGAUGGGAUUUUUAUUUCUCGUGUGCCGCUAAAAUGUUUUGCUGAACGUUUCCCCCGGGACGAUGUUUUUGACAGAAUCGUAUCGAAGCUGUUUUUGUCUUGAGAUUUUGUUUUUAGCCGCGGUGUUUGGUGCUUUGAUUCAGAAAAAAGUGUUUGCCGUAAGUUGUCAUUUCUAGAUGACAUUUUAUACUGAAUGUGCAAUUGUCUAAUUUUUGUAGCAUAUUAAAUAUGUUCAUCGCCAAAACUUCAGGUUGAGUUUAAACGUUACAUUCUGUUAGAACCAGUCGAGUCUUUGAAAGUCUCAAAGGAAAAAACAACCAUUGCUUGUGACUCAGGGCAUUAAAUCGUCAUGAACUAUUUUUUUCAAAAGAUUACAAAUGUACAAAUGAGCUGUAUUUAUUUAGAAGUUUAUUUUCUACCACAAAAUAAAAAAAUACACCCCCCCCUC